GGGCUGGAGCUGUCCUCGAGACGGGGGCGCGGCGGGAAGCCGACGCCUAGUGGGAGAGGGAGGUGGACCGCGCUUACCGCUGGCCUCUUGGAAGACUUGAGGGCGUGGCCUGUAGAGCCAGGUGCGCCAAGUGACGGGCGAGCUAGCGGAAAGCCGCCUCAGGGACUUGGAGGAUGUAGAAGUGGGAGGAGACCGAGGGUCAACACGAAUUGUCCGUGCUCACUCCAACUGUCCUGUUGAGGAGGAUUUUUACCAGGGCUCUGGAGAAGAGAAAAGCUGUGUCCUUCAGAAUGGGAAGAGCUUAGCUAUCAAAGCAGAAGAACAUAAUAAAAGACAAAAGGAAAGAAAUGUCACCACACAGGUAUCAGUGAAUGAAAUCAAACAAUAUUUAUCACACAUAUUGGAACAAAGAACGUCUAGUAAUGUAAUCAAUAAAAGAGAAAAUCUCCUGGAGAAAAAGAAGAAUCAACGUAAAAUAAGAAUAAAAGGAAUUCAAAAUAAAGAUAUCUUGAAGAGAAGUAAGAAUCAUUGGUGAGAAGAAAAGAACAGGAGAAGAACUAUGAAAACAGCAGAUAUGAGGAGCAAGAAAGAUGGUGAUUGGCUGCGCUAAACUGAAAAGUUAGUGAAACUUCAAAGUUGGGGGAUUCCAACUGAUAUUUUUAAAUCAGCAAUGUCUAAGUACAAAAGCAAGCAGAGAAAAAUUUUACAGAUGAAGGAGACCAGCUAUUUAAGAUGGGCAUCAAGGUUCUCCAGCAGUCUAAAAGCCAAAAACAAAAAGAAGAAGCCUACCUACUUUUUGCCAAAGCAGCUGACAUGGGAAACUUGAAAGCUAUGGAGAAAAUGGCUGACGCUUUGCUAUUUGGAAAUUUUGGCGUGCAAAAUAUAACAGCAGCUAUCCAAUUAUAUGAGUCCUUGGCUAAAGAAGGAUCAUGUAAAGCCCAAAACGCAUUAGGAUUUUUGUCUUCUUAUGGAAUAGGAAUGGAAUAUGAUCAAGCUAAGGCACUGAUAUAUUACACCUUUGGAAGUGCUGGAGGAAACAUGAUGUCCCAGAUGAUUUUGGGGUACAGAUAUUUGUCGGGAAUCAAUGUUCUACAGAAUUGUGAAGUUGCCCUAAGUUAUUACAAGAAAGUGGCAGAUUAUAUUGCUGACACAUUUGAAAAAAGUGAAGGUGUUCCAGUGGAAAAAGUGAGACUAACGGAAAGACCUGAAAAUCUGAGUUCUAACAGUGAGAUUUUGGAUUGGGACAUAUACCAAUACUAUAAAUUUUUGGCAGAAAGAGGAGAUGUUCAGAUACAAGUCUCUCUUGGACAAUUACAUCUAAUUGGCAGGAAAGGUCUAGAUCAGGAUUACUACAAAGCAUUACACUACUUCUUAAAGGCAGCAAAGGCCGGGAGUGCAAAUGCCAUGGCAUUUAUAGGAAAGAUGUAUUUAGAGGGGAAUGCUGCCAUGCCGCAAAAUAAUGCUACUGCCUUCAAGUACUUUUCCAUGGCAGCCAGUAAGGGCAAUGCAAUCGGCCUUCAUGGGCUUGGUCUUCUUUACUUUUAUGGAAAAGGAGUUCCCGUGAAUUAUGUCGAAGCACUUAAAUACUUUCAGAAAGCUGCGGAAAAAGGGUGGCCCGACGCACAGUUCCAGUUAGGCUUCAUGUACUACUCUGGCUCUGGAAUAUGGAAGGAUUAUAAACUUGCCUUCAAAUAUUUUUACCUGGCAUCUCAGAGUGGGCAGCCCCUCGCCAUUUAUUAUCUGGCCAAGAUGUAUGCAACAGGAACAGGAGUAGUAAGAUCAUGCAGAACUGCUGUGGAGCUUUAUAAAGGUGUCUGUGAACUAGGCCACUGGGCUGAGAAAUUCCUGACAGCUUACUUUGCCUAUAAGGAUGGUGAUAUAGAUUCUUCUCUUGUUCAGUAUGCACUGCUUGCAGAAAUGGGGUAUGAAGUAGCUCAAAGCAAUUCAGCAUUCAUUUUGGAAUCUAAAAAGGCUAACAUUCUUGAAAAAGAGAAGAUGUAUCCAAUGGCGCUUCUCCUAUGGAAUCGAGCUGCCAUUCAAGGCAAUGUAUUUGCUAGAGUAAAAAUUGGAGAUUACUAUUACUAUGGCUAUGGGACUAAGAAAGACUAUCAAACAGCAGCCACACACUACAGCAUUGCAGCCAACAAAUACCACAACGCGCAAGCCAUGUUCAAUCUGGCUUAUAUGUAUGAACAUGGCUUAGGCAUCACAAAGGACAUUCACUUGGCCAGAAGAUUGUACGACAUGGCUGCUCAAAUGAGUCCAGAUGCCCACAUACCUGUGCUCUUUGCCAUCAUGAAACUGGAAACUACGCAUUUGCUCCGGGAUAUCCUGUUUUUUAAUCAGUUCACAACGAGAUGGAACUGGCUGAAACUGGACAACACCAUUGGACCACACUGGGACUUAUUUGUGAUUGGCCUCAUUGUUCCUGGGCUGAUUUUGUUGCUUAGAAAUCACCAUGGGUAGGAUGCGGAUCACAGGAAAACCUGCUCACGGGAAUCAGUUCACUCCAAGGUAUCCCCACUAAAUAAACAGUUUCCCAUCCAAA